AUGGCAAUUUUGCAAGAACAUUACAAGGAGACUAUCCUGAUAUCUCAAAUAUCUGCUCCGACAACGAAUUCGGAAUUGUCCUUUACUCGAAAUGAUAUCAUCGACGAAGUUUUGCGGACAGGAAGUGAAAAUCUGAGUUUAACAUUCCAACUAGCGCAUACGAAACAACGACGAUCAUUUUACUAUCAUAUCAUGUUAGUGGAUGAUUACACUGCUUUUCGUAAUUUUAUGGAUAAUUUGGAUAUUGAAACGUAUGACUUUUCCGGUUACUAUACCAUAAUAAUCACAAACAAGAACAUCACUAACCGGCACGUCGUAUUUCGCAUGUUGAGUGAUUUGUGGGGGGUAAAAAUUGUAAAUGCUGUUUUGCUCAUAGCUAAUUUUACAGAGAAUCCAUUAACAGUAUCGGUCUACUCGUACUUUCCUUACCAUUCUGAGCAUUGUGGAGUAGCUAAGCCAUUUUUAUUUCAAAAAAUUUUAAACGGCGAUACAGUACAUUUAAAUAAAAAUUUGCUCCCGAAUAGUCUAAAUAAUUUUCAAAACUGUACAUUAAAGGCAGGAACAUUUGAAAUUAGACCUUUCAUCUCUGUCGAAUCAACACCGAACAAAAUUGAUUUCAAAAUCGGAGGACUAGAAGCUCAUUUCAUAGAAACCGUAGCAGAAAAGUUAAACUUUCAAAUAAAAUAUCAAUUGACCCCAGGUCACUAUCAGUGGGGAUUUAUUGGAAAGCACAACAGUACAAGUCUGAUGAAAAUGAUUCAAAAAGAACAAGUCGACUUUGGAAUUGCAAGUAUUGCAUUAACGAAAGCCCGACACCAAUAUCUUCAGGCUGGGACAGCCCAUUACACGACCAUAGUGGUCUUUGGAAUCCCAGAUGGACGACUUUAUACACCCUUGGAGAAGUUGCUCCGACCGUUUGCAACACCUGUGUGGUACGCCCUUAUCUGUUGCAUUACAGCUGCCACGGUUGCAGUCGCUAUUAUCCAACGAUCGUCACGACUUAAGCCACAUUUCAUUGGCAACAAUACCGCAAACCCGAUUCUGAAUGUGUUUCAUAUUUUCUUUGGAAACUCAAUUGUUGGCUCUACGGAACAAAACUCGGGAAGAUUACUACUAUUCUCAUGGAUAUACUACUGCUUCGUAAUUCGAACUGUCUACCAAGGAUUAUUGUUCCAGUAUCUACGUGGAGAUGAACGCUGGCCUCGUGUAACAAGCAUUUCCGAUAUAAACAAGGAAAGGCUAACUUAUCAUAUGACUGAUAUAACAGUGAGGUAUUUCACAAGUACUCCUCAUGUUUUGAACAGGACGAUUUUCCUACCCCAUGAAAGUGACACGGUCAAUAAAGGUUUGGAGCAACUAGCCGCUCAGGAAAACUAUGGCGUGAUUGUCGUUCCUCUGGAUAAUAUUGCAUAUCACAAUAAAUACAAAGCUAAACUGGGUAUGGUUUAUGCAAUGAAAGAACCGAUCGCGACGUAUCCCAUAGGUGUUCACUACCCAAAAAAAUCGCCGUUGACCAAGGCAUUCGACAUGGUUUUUCGCUACCUGCAACCAGCCGGGCUUGGGAAUUACUGGGCAAAAAACUAUGGCGAUUAUGAUUCACUUCAGAAGAAACAAGAAGAUCAGAAAGAACCGACUCCACUGAGUAAUGAACAUUUGCUGGGUUGUUUUACAAUUUUUACUAUUAUGAAUUUUGUUUCCAUACUAACAUUCAUUUGUGAGCUUAUUUCUAGACAAAUCUGGAUGAAAAAACAAAGGCGUGUGUAA